UUGUGUGUGUGUCUUUGGGGAAGCGUGGCAGUGAGCAAUAUGCUUAGAUGAAGAGAGGUACGAAAUACAAAACUGCACUGCUCUCUCUGAUAUGUGAUAACAUAAUAGGAAGAACGGUAUUAACGGGGGGUAAAGUGACAUUCGGAAGGAAGGAAUGUCGCAAGAAGCAAGUCCCAAGCCUAAAAAUCCAACCCGCCCACCACCUCCUGACCCCUCAAGGUUACAAACUUUACGACGGCUCACCCACACAGAAGAAGUACAAGCUGAAACAUGUAAUCUAUCACCGGAGAGCCAAAACAUUGAUACAUACAUAGAGGUGUUGUCUGACAAGCCUCCUGCAAAGGGUGUAGCUCCUGCCAGGCCACCACCUCCAGUACUGAAGAGACCUUACCUCUCUCAGCCCACAAAGACACAAGAUUUAAAUGGACACGCCAAGACAUCAGACAUCAGAGAUACAGAAACCUCUUGCCAUGACAGGAAUGAUGAGACAACAGUGGACAGUCCAACAUACAUCGAAGUUCUUCCCACUGAGAGAAGUGUCACAGAAGCAAGUCCCAAGCCAAAAAAUCCAACCCGUCCACCACCUCCUGACCCCUCAAAGUUGCAAACUUUACGACGGCUCACUCACACAGAAGAAGUACAAGCUGAAACAUGUAAUCUAUCACCGAAGAGCCAAAACACUGCUCCAUCUAUCGAGGUGUUGUCUGACAAGCCUCCUGCUAAGGGUGUAGCUCCUGCCAGGCCACCACCUCCAGUACUGAAGAGACUUUCCCUCUCUCAGACUACAGAGACACAGGAUUUAAAUGGAUAUGUUGAGAUGUCAGACAUCAGAUUUCCAGAAACCUCUUUCCAUGACGUGAAUGAUGAGACAACAGUGGACAGUCGAAUAUAUGUUGAUGUUCUUCCCAGUGAGAGACGUGUCACAAAUCAUACCACACCAGGAAAUGCCCCUCCUCCUGUUGUUCCACUUCGCCCUUUAGUGACACAACCAAAAAAAACCUUGCUCUGCCAGUCCCUCUCUUACUCACCUGCUGAACAUUUGUACGAAAGCAUCGAUGAUGUUCUGGAUGAAGAUGGAGUGAGACGUUUAAGCCGAGCAAGAAAAGGCCAUCGUGCUACUUUCUGCUCAUUGAAUGAAUGGUCUGGUGUGGACAGAGACAGCAAUACAAAGGAGCUGGACAUUUUGUUAGUGUGGUGGAGAAGCAUAGGAGGGUCAAAGAAUCUACCAGUGGACGAUCAAGAAGAGGAAAAAAAACCACUGAUCUCAGUGGCACAAAGGGUAAAAACGGCGAUGCGUUUGUAUGAGCUGCUUUUAGUCCAACGUUACACAGACCUGCUGAACUGCAUCACGGAGCUCCACUGCACUGCAGAGAGUAUUGUCAAGUCUGGUAAGAAGGCUCGGAUUGCCAAGCUCACAGGAGGCACCACAGGCGUGGUUGGUGGUGUUGCUAUUGCAGCAGGACUUGCUCUCGCCCCAAUGACCUUGGGAGCCUCAUUGGUGGCAACUGGUGUCGGUAUUGGAAUUGCUGCUGCCGGAGGGGUCACAGGGGCAUCAGCGUCCUUCACCAAAAAAAAGAAAGGGACUCAGUUCAAGGACAAGGUGGAGAAAAUCAUAAACAACUACAACACACAGAUAGAAGAUAUUCUAGCGUGCCUGAGGUUCAUUAAUAUUGGAAUGGAACACCUCAGAAAGAAGGAUGACUCGAAGCUGAAGGAAAUGGGUACUCAUUUGGAGAAAAUAGCCAGAGUUGCUCAAGAAAUGGAAAACAUAAACUUCAUAGAUGUCAGUAAUGAAUGUUUUGGCAUCCUGCAGGCUUUGGAUAUCUAUUGCAGUGAGGAAGACAAUCAAGUUAAGAAGAACUCUAAAAGCCAGCUUGCACAGAAAGUCCAUGAGGUGGCUGACAAACUCAAAGAAUGUGUUGAUCAACUGACACAGAUUAAAAAACUGUUUCUCUCAGUAGAUGAUGAUGUUGGAUUAAAAUAAUCAGUUUUGUAUGUCAGGUUUUAUAAUAUAAAUGUAUAUAAUAGAAAAUAAUAGACCCUUUCACUUAAACUUUCUUCACCUAUCUAGAAUAAUAACACUGAAGUUAAAUGAUGCCCAUCGACUGAUGAUACAUCACAUUUUAUACUACAGGUCUGUUGAAUGGCUGAUUCUGAUUGGUUAGAAGAUGUUCAACAGGGGUGUGUUAUGUUAUGUUAUGUUAUGUUAUGUUAUGUUAUGUUAUGUUAUGUUAUGUUAUGUUAUGUUAUGUUAUGUUGCAGACGUGCCAUAUAAAUGGAUUAAAAAGUGUGCAAUUUAUUGAUAUGGUUGUUUUCUCUCAAAUUGCACUUGUUGAGUAUUUUUGGAAGAAGUCUCCCAUGUCAGUACUUUGUAACAAUCAAGUCUGCAAUUAUAUUAUUAGGCAUAUCAGAUGCUCGCUGGCCAUGCUCUGAAAAUUAUCCAUGCAGACGCUCAUCUGAGUUUCCAAAUCUGUCACUGCUUAACUCUUGAAUGUUUUCUAUCGUGAAUGCUAUCUUUAAAAAGCUUUUAAUUUCUGCUUUCCAAAGAAAUUUAUCUUAUUAAGAUCUGUUCAGUACUUUGGGAGUAACGGCAGGUUGAAGUUGGUACAAUACAGUGCACUCUCUGCUAGCGGGAUGUCAGGAAACUGCCAAUGCUUUUUGAGUCACAGGAAAGUGGUCAGACUCUCUCUCUUCUGAUUGGUUUCCAACUGGAUUACUCGUGAAUAUCAAUCAGAUAACUUAUACGGAUGUUCUCUCGCUCUUACUGUUUCUGAUGAAGUAUUCAGCAAAAUUUUCCGUCAGCUAGUUUUGAUGUUAUACUUCACGGGAGACUUUGAAGUGAGUUUUCAAAGCUUUACCUACUUAUUUUUUCAAAUCAAACUGAUUCAUGUAAAUAAAUAACUAUUUUAGAAUAUAAUUAUAGUUGUUUUGAUGAAAAAAUAUUGAGAUCUUAGUGGUUGGAAUGAUGUUUUAAAAAACUGGAAGUCAGAAACAUGAGUGUCAAUUUCAAUUCAAUUAAAUGGAAUUGUCUAUUGGAUGUGGCUCACACAGUUUUUUCGAGGUUAGCCUUGAAAGCUGUGACUAUUAGUCGAAAUAAUUAUUUAUAUUCUUUCAUAUAAACAUGAUUAGGUCCUACGUAGAAAUACAAAGGCCUACAGAGCACAAAGAGGUUAUUAGAAAUAUUCUUUUAUUACUUUUUUUAUAGAGAAUGGUAGAUUUGAAUGACAGUCAAAGCUUAUUUAUGUUUAUUUUAUAAUGAACAUUGAUUUCUCCUUUUUUGUGAUGUACAGUAUAAAUGAGAGCUAAGAUCAGCUUGACAGUGCACAACUAAAGCCAUUUGGUGAAAUUUUGAAGAAGAGAGUGUCCCGAUUUAACAUUUUACCUAAUUAGCAUAAUUAACACUAAUUAAAUACCAAUUUGCAUAAUUUGUUUUUACUAAUUUUUUUCAAACUUUGUAUUCAGUUUACAACCAUCUAUGUACUUGCCAAUU